AUAUUGAACUUAACCAAACUUAACCUUCAAAUUUAAAUAGCCUAAAAAUGGGGGCUACUUAUCUUGAUUUUUUAACUUUAAUAAACUGAAGUGUCAACACAAUGAGCCGCAACGUACUAACAAGUAGCAUACAAAAUGCUUCAUUUAGCAUAAUAUUCCAGGUGUUGUUCCGAUGUAUUACCUUCGUACUCAACGCGUUCAUAAUAAGACAUGUUGGUCAAACAGUUUUGGGCAUUAUGAACGUGCGUCUGUUACUGCUCGAAUCCACUAUUUUAUUUUUAUCGCGUGAACCGAUAUUUAAAGCCUGCUUAACGGACACUAAAUCUCACAAUUGGGCUCAGGUCAUAAAUCAGAUUUGGUUUACUGUACCGCUAACGGGUCUCAUUUCACUUUUGUUAGUCUACGUGUGGACACAUGUCCUAAGCGCAACCGAAGAUGUGUACCUUGAACAGUACCAAUACGGCUGUGUUGCCAUAGCGGUUUCGUGCAUUAUUGAUCAGAUGACACAAAGCGUAGUAUUAGUCGCGCAGAGUUUUUGCUUCGUGCGACUGAAGGUCAUUUUAGACACCAUUUACGUAAUGAGCAGAACUAUAAUAUUCGUAGCGAUUAUAAUAAAGUACCCCCAAUACGCAAUACAUGCUUUUUCAACGGCGCAAGUAGUUUCGUCAAUUAUAUACUGCGUAAUACACUAUGGUUUUUUCUACUGGUACAUAAAGGAAUUGCCAAAACAUGUUAAGGAUGAAAAGGGCAUUUUUAGUAAUAUGCUGGACUUUCCGUUUAAAUCAAUUUUAAACCUUUUCCCAUGUGGUAUGAAGAACGAAGAAGGGGUUGUAGAUAUGCAAUUGUGCAAGCUCACAGUUAGCUUUUUUAAACAGUGUAUUGUAAAACAAAUUUUGACCGAAGGAGAAAGAUAUGUGAUGACAAUAUCUCCCGUACUGACAUUUAGCGAACAGGCGAUGUAUGACAUUGUUAAUAAUUUAGGUAGUUUAGCAGCAAGAUUUAUUUUCCGUCCAAUAGAAGAAAGUGGAUACUUUUAUUUCACACAAAUGAUGAAACGAGGUGAAUCAAUCGCUACACAAGAUCAGGCGUCAGUAUUAGAAGCAUCCACCGUCCUAAGCCAGCUCUGCCGUGUGGUGACAAGCAUUGGAUUGUUAGUAGUGACGUUCGGGCAGUCUUACAGUUACACUCUACUAAAUCUCUAUGGGGGAAGAGUGCUAACGGAGGAUUCGCUACCGUCAACAUUACUACAGUUUCAUUGUUUUGCAGUUUUACUUUUGGCAAUUAACGGUGUGACCGAGUGUUACGUAUUUGCCACUAUGAAUGACCAACAACUCAAUCAGUAUAAUUACAUUAUGGUUCUAUUUUCGAUAACAUUCCUGUUUAUAUCCUAUCUUCUAACUAGCAUUUGCGGUUCGGUAGGUUUUAUUCUUGCCAAUUGCAUAAAUAUGACUGCAAGAAUCGUGCACAGCAUCUACUUCAUCACAAAUACGUACAGAGAUACCCACUACAAACCAUUAAAUGGUACAAUUCCCACAACAAAAUUUAUUAUUGCGCUAAUAUUUUCAGGAAUCAUUACAAAAGUAUCACAGCAUAAAGUGGAAAGAGACUCGACAGUCCUCCAUAUACUUAUAGGUGCCAUUUGUUUUACACUAACACUAUCAGUGUGGUUGUACGAAAAUAGAAACCUAUUAAGGAUAGGUAUAGAAAAAUAUCGCAGAAGAUCAUCGAUCAAAAUAGAUUAAUGUUUUAUUUGUAACUAAUUGUUGAAUAUUAAAUGUUUUUAAAAAUGG